UGAGGAGGCGUAACAGGGGCCCAUGGCAGAGUGGCGGAGCGUAAGCAGCUAAAAUUGAAGGCCAUACAGAGGCCUAUGUUAAAAAAGUCCCCCCAGCAGCAGCGUGGGGAGACGACUAUCAAGAGUCCAAUGGCAGAGUGGCGGAGCAGAAUGCAGCUUCAAUUGAACGCCAUACACAGGCCUAGGUUUAAAAGUCCCUCACAGUUAAUUCCAAUAACGAACUCUACUAACCUCCGUGCAAUCAUACUUACGAGACCCUGGAAACAGAUGCCUAUGUUAAAAAGUCCCCCCAGCAGCAGUGUGGGAAGAGACGACUAUUCAAGAGUCCAAUGCAGAGUGGCGGAGCAAGAAGCAGCUUCAAUUGAAGGCCAUACACAGGCCUAGGUUAAAAAAGUCCCCCCAGCAGUCAGCGUGGGGAGACGACUAUCAAGAGUCCAAUGGCAGAGUUGGCGGAGCGGAAGCAGCUUCAAUUGAAAGGCCAUACACAGGCCUAG